AUAGCUGUAGUAGGAACUGGUCCAGCAGGUUUCUAUACUGCUCAUCAUAUUCUCCUGAAAUGUUCUGAUAACAUGAGGAUCAACUUGGAUUUCUUUGAGAGGUUGCCGGCUCCAUUCGGUUUGAGCCGUUAUGGUGUUGCCCCCGACCAUCCCGAAGUCAAGAACUGCGAAGAGUACUUGGAGAAUAUAAUGGACAACCAUAAGGUUCGAUUUUUAGGGAACGUCAAUAUCGGAAAGGAUAUCUCGUUAAAGCAAUUAGAGUCGUAUUACCACUCCAUCGUUCUUUCAUAUGGUAGCACUUCGGCUGACAACAAGCUUCAAGUAGCUGGUUCAGAUUUGCCAGGAGUUAUUUCAGCAAGACAGUUUGUUAAUUGGUACAAUGGGCAUCCUGACUUCUAUGCCACUGGAAAAAAGUUUGUUCCUCCUCCUCUUGACCAGAUUGAGGAUGUGACGAUAAUUGGAAAUGGUAAUGUUGCCUUAGAUGUAGCACGUAUCUUGUUGGCCGACCCAGCAACCCAUUGGUCUAAGACGGAUAUAUCUGUAGAUGCGUUACAGGUGUUACAAAACAGCACAGUCAAGAAUGUCAACAUCGUAGCCAGACGUGGGUUAUUGGAGUCGGCUUUUUCAAAUAAAGAGAUCAGAGAAUUGUUUGAACUCUCGAACGAGAAUAGCAUCAAGUUCAUUCCUCUAGACGACAAGGAAUUCGAAAACAUAGACAUAAAGAGUUUAGGAAGAGUUGAUAAGAGAAAAGUCUCUAUAAUAGAAAAGUAUACAAAGGCUUCGCAUACAGCUCCGGCAGCCGACAGGACCUGGUCUCUCCAAUAUUUAAAAAGUCCCAAGGCAUUCCUCCCUCAUGCGUCAAAUGCCAAGUUGUUGUCUGCAACUGAGGUUGUCAAGAACGAAUUGAUACAUGAUCCACUUACAAAUACCGCUAAAGUACGCCCUACCUCUGAAAGUGAAACCAUCAAAAACGAGUUAGUUAUUUUGUCUAUAGGGUAUCAAGGAUCACCGUUACUUGGAUUUGAAGAAAAUGGGAUCCUUUUUGAAAAGAACCGCUUGUUCAACAAACAUGAGGAGGAACAUAAUUCAGUUUACAAGAAGGGUUGGUAUACUUCUGGAUGGAUUAAGAAUGGUCCAAAGGGCGUUAUUGCAACAACCAUGAUGGAUUCGUUUGAUACGGCUGACAAAGUUCUUGAGGACCUUUCCAAUGGGAUUCACCUAGAAACAUCCGGUGGUGAUAUUCACGAUUUGUUGAAGGAUAAGACAGUAGUGGGCUGGGAUAAUUGGAAAGUUCUUGAUGCCUACGAGAAAAGCAAGGGUGAGAAAGAGGGUAAGUCGAGAUACAAGAUCUGUAAUUCGGAAGACAUGAUCAAAAUUGCAUGUAAUUAG